AUGGCCGCCUUGCAAGAAAGCCAAGCAGCGGAGGGGCACAGCCCCAAUCCCAAGGACAAGAAGCUCCGCUGGCCGCCCAAGCAGAUCCUCAAGCCCAACUACAAGCUCCACUGGGACAAGCUUCAGUGGCCGCCCAAGCAGGUCCUCAAGCG